AUGGAGGAGAUUUCCCCGACUCCUGAAACUAGUGAUCCUCUUGAAUUGGCCGGAAAUGGAGACGAAAAAGCGGAAGAAAAUGGCGAAAAUGGAGGAAUAGCGAAGAUUUUGGACAAGAGAAUUGUCGACGAUCGGGAAACCUGGUAUCUGGUCAACUGGACCGAUAAAAAACGAGAAAACAGCUGGCUGGAAUCGUCGGAAAUCGAGGCUUCCCAAACGGCGGCGAUUGAGCGGUUCGAGGAGGAGCUGGCUGAAAAGGAUCCAGACGAGGAAUUCACCCUGGAGAAAAUCACGGACAAGCGGAUCCUCUCUGGCGUCGUCUAUUACUACUGCAAGUGGCUCGGCUUUCCUGAUUCAGAUAGCACCUGGGAGCCAUGUGAAAACAUCUUCGCAAAGAACUUGAUCGACGAUUUCGAGAAAGAAGCGGAAAACUCGAAAAGCGCGAAAAAGCGGAAAAAGAGCGCCCGGCAAAACGAUGAAGAUUUCACCCCAGAAGAAGAUAUACCGCGAUUGGCAUUUCUGACUGACUGA